ACGUGUGUAGUAAAUGCGAGUGAGUGAAAUACACGUAAUCGUUCAUCAGCGAGCGACGAAAGAAAAGACUGAGGCUGUGCAGGUGUUCGUCAUCAUUUUGUGACAUUUCUGUGUUUGGAGUCAGUCAAAAUGGGGAAGAAAUUUUGGCUUUUGGCUGUGAUAGGUGUUCUGCUGUUUUCAGCAUGUGCGUUAGCAGCAGAAGAAGAUGAGGGAGAUGCAAUUGUAGAAGAUGAUGUUGGCAAGAGUCGUGAUGGAUCCAAAACUGAUGAUGAAGUUGUUGCCAGAGAGGAGGAAGCAAUCAAACUGGAUGGACUGAAUGUUGCUCAAAUGAAGGAGUUGCGUGAUUCGGCUGAAAAACACAUAUUCCAGGCCGAGGUCAACCGUAUGAUGAAACUCAUCAUUAAUUCACUGUACAGGAACAAGGAGAUUUUCUUGCGUGAGUUGAUCUCCAAUGCCUCCGAUGCCUUGGAUAAAAUCAGAUUGACAUCAUUGACUGAUAAAUCAGCUUUAGAUACAACAGAAGAACUCUCUAUCAAGAUAAAGGCUGACAAAGAUAAUCACAUGCUUCAUGUCACUGAUACCGGUGUGGGUAUGACCAAGAAUGACCUCAUCAGCAACCUUGGAACGAUCGCCAAAUCAGGAACCAGCGAAUUCUUUGAAAAACUUUCUGAAAUGGAUUCAUCCGAAGCUACCGAUCUGAUUGGUCAGUUUGGUGUUGGUUUCUACUCGUCUUUCUUGGUUGCCGAGCGCGUUAUCGUCACAUCAAAACACAAUGCUGAUGAACAGUACAUCUGGGAAUCAGACUCUGCCGAGUUCAGCGUCAAUAAGGACCCCCGUGGAGACACGCUCAAACGUGGAACUACCAUCAGUCUUUUGCUGAAGGAGGAAGCCUAUGAUUUCUUAGAAGCAGACACCAUUGAGAAACUUGUCAAGAAAUACAGUCAGUUCAUCAACUUCCCUAUCUACCUGUGGGCAAGCAAGACUGAGACAGUUGAAGAACCUAUUGAUGAAGAUGAGGAAGAAGCUGCUGAAGAGGAAGAGAAGACAGAAGAUGAAGAUGUUGAGGUAGAGGAGGAGACAGAAGAAGACAAACCAAAGACCAAGAAAGUUGAGAAGACCACAUGGGACUGGAGAUUGAUGAAUGAGAACAAACCCAUCUGGACAAGAGCGCCCAAAGACAUCACUGACGAUGAAUACGAGGAAUUCUACAAAUCUUUCACCAAAGAGAGCGAGGCACCCAUGGCUAAGACUCAUUUCUCGGCGGAAGGCGAGGUCACAUUCAGGUCCAUCCUCUUUCUCCCAACGAAGGCUCCAAACCAGAUGUUCCAGGACUACGGCAAGAAGUUUGAUAACAUUAAGCUUUACGUGCGCCGUGUGUUCAUCACCCAUGACUUUGAAGACAUGAUGCCCAAGUAUCUUAGCUUCAUCAAGGGUGUGGUGGAUUCUGAUGAUCUUCCUCUCAAUGUAUCCCGUGAAACACUCCAGCAGCAUAAACUACUCAAGGUCAUCAAGAAAAAACUUGUCAGGAAGACCCUUGACAUGCUGAAGAAGAUGGACCCUGACGAAUACCUGGAGAAGUUCUACAAGGAAUACGGAGUCAACGUCAAGCUAGAUCAUCGAAGACCACAGCAACAGGUCCAGGCUGGCCAAACUUGUCAGGUUUUACUCUCCAACUCUGACACUGAACUAACCAGUCUACAGGAUUAUCUGGAGCGGAUGAAGGAGAAGCAAGAGGUCAUCUAUUUUGUUGCGGGAACGAGUAGGAAAGAGGUGGAAUCUUCACCGUUUGUUGAGCGACUCCUGAAGAAGGGCUACGAGGUCCUCUACCUGACGGAGCCUGUCGACGAGUACUGUAUCCAAUCCUUGCCGGAGUUUGAGGGCAAGAAGUUCCAGAACGUUGCCAAGGAAGGACUGAAGAUUGAUGGAGAAGACUCAGAAGCUGCCAAGGAAAGGAGGGAGGAGAUGGAGGCCAAAUUUGAACCCCUUCUUAAAUGGCUCAAAGACACAGCUUUGGGAGAUGAGAUCAAGGAUGCCAAGCUUUCCAACCGCCUCAGUGACUCCCCUUGCGCCUUGGUUGCUAGUCAGUAUGGCUGGUCAGGAAACAUGGAACGCAUCAUGAAGGCACAGGCAUACGCACAGGCUAACAAUCCUAACACAGAGUACUAUGCCUCACAGAAGAAGACUCUUGAAGUGAACCCCAGACAUCCCCUGAUCAAGACACUCCUUGAGAAGGUUGAAGCAGAUGCUGAAGACGAGACGGCAAAGGAUCUCGCUGUGGUCAUGUUUGAAACGGCUACCCUGCGAUCAGGUUUUGUUCUUCCCGACUCGGCUGCAUUCGCCGGCAGGAUAGAAAGGAUGCUGAAGAUGAGUAUGAACCUUGACCCCAAUGAAAAGGUGGAAGAGGAACCAGAAUAUGAAGAGGAAGAAGCAGAGGAAGAGGAGGAGGAUGAAGAGGAAGAAUUAUCAGAUGACGAUGAAGAAUAUGAUGAUACCCAGGAAGAAACAGGAGAUGAAGAUAUUGAGACACACGACGAGCUCUGAUGAGAGGGAACGCGAGUGAGACACCAUUGUAGAUACAGAUUAGAGGUGUCACUGAGAGGACUAACUUAUCAUAUGUAUAUCUGGACAUCAAAAUGCAUUACUCACAUGAAAGUAAUAAUGUGGGACUGUGACUGAAAAGAAGAGCUUGGAAUGGAAAUCAUCAGAACUGUUCAUUGCUCGAUGGAGAACGUUUGUUGGAGCAGGAAUCUGGUCGAGGGGCCCUUUUGCAUGAGCGCUUGUUAUCAGUGGCAUGUUUCUCAGCACUGUUAUAAACUACUGAAACCCUGACUUUUGAUUGGCUAAAAAUGAAUUUACUGUUGCAUUUUAGCUUUUGUUAUUGAUAAUGAGUUCCUGCAACAGGGCCCAAAUAACUGAGUUGUUCUGUAUCUCAAUUAUCACAACAUCUUUUUUUUCCUAGGCCAAAUUAUCACUUAUAAAAAAACAAAUAUCUUUACCACCACCUUGUAUGAAUACAAUGUUUAAUUGAAUUACUAUUUGAUUAUAAUUUGCAAAAUUUGUUGCAAAAUUUAUGUAUACAAGAGAUUUUAUGAAAUUAUGCAUCCUACUACCAAUUAGUAGUUCAGUGUUUUGCAAUUUUGUAGAUCACGUGUUCAAUGUUCUUUGUCAUCAGAUUUUGUUCUUGUGAAAAAAUAAAAAAAGAUUUGUUUGGUUAUGGACAUUUCAUCAAUUUUAUAUUUAUUUAUUGAUAUCAAAAUUCUCUUUGCACAACAUUCACUAUUUCUGGUAAUAUUUCUUAGAGGUAAUUUCUAAGGCAGGUGUCUAUUCAUCUGAAAGAGUGUCAGCAUUUUCUUCCCUCACUAUUUUUUAUGGGAUUUGGCAAUUUUGUAGGUGUUGAAUUAAAACAUCAAGGAAUAUAACAUAUUAAUCAACUAAUCAUAGUGAUAUCUACAACUAAUGCUAAACUGUCCUGGUGUAUACUUAAGGUAUCACAUCAUAUUUUAGCUGUCGCCAAGAUACAAUUAAUAAACUUUAUAUAAUCUGCUUGCCAUCUAGUCUUGUGUGCAAGUUAACAAUGACAACGGAAGAUAAAUGGGCAUUUGGAGCAUACGUUUUUAAAACAUUUUAUGUUUUUAUUGAAGAGUUAAGCUCUGGUGAUAUUUUGCCUAAUCCCUUUUUUUUUUCUAGAUUCAAUUUUCAGCAACUAUAAAUUUGGGGAUGUUUUCUUGCCGUUAUUUUUCUCUCGAUUGUCAAAAAACAAAGAGAUCAAAUAUUACACUUUCUUACACGUACUUGUGGUACCUUAUAACUCUGUGUUUUCUUGUGCAACACAAAUCUAACACAAGCCAUCUGUGGAAGGUGGAAAUGAGUUUUCAAUAAAAUUGAAAAACAAAAACAA